CGGUCAAUCAUUUGUGGUUUAAGAGCUCAAGGUGUCAGACAUAUCAUAAAAGACAUGAAGUUCUUCAUUUUGGCAACCUGCCUACUGGCCUACGCAGCUGGAGAUGUUUCGCAUUUGCCGCUAGAACUCCUGGAUCAGCAUCAUGAGCAUGGCUAUGGCUAUGAUUACCCCAAGCCGGAGGUACCAUUUGUGAUUACUGUGACGACGGAGCCACCACCGCCACCACCACCAACGCCAGUGCCUACUUACCUCCCUCCUCCACCACCCACUACCACUACUACAACUACCACCACAACCACUCCUGCUCCUACUCCUGCUCCUACCUACCUUCCUCCCCCACCACCCACUACCACCACUCCUGCUCCCACUCCCGCUCCUACUUACCUUCCUCCUCCACCACCUCCUACUACUACCACCACUACCACUACAACAACAACGACACCUGCACCCACGCCGGCACCCACCUACCUACCUCCUCCACCACCACAACCGGAACCGGGCUACCACUACGAUGCGCCAGCCCAAGAGUUCAUCUUCUAAGUCAAAGCAAAAAAGCACUGAACCACCGAACCACCGGACUGAACAUGGAAGAUUUCCCCGGAUUAGUUUUGUUUUGAAUCGUUCCACUAGGCUUACGUUUACAUAAGGCUUAAACUAUAUCAAUAAACGCUGUUUUGUUAACCCCA